AUGAGUAACGAAAGCAAGGUGAUGAACCAAUGCUUCAAUGGGAAACACAACAUCUGCUUUAGCUUUAUGGGGAGGAGAGACAACCAAAGGGGGAGGAAAAGCCAAAAGAUCGUCCUUCACAAUUGCAUUCAGACGCUGCUAUCGGACCCCAUAGUUGUUCUGUACACAGACGACAAUUAUAUUUGCACUGGCUCCCUCACCGGGAAAGUGUGCCUGUUUAGAAUCACGAGGAAGGAAAACAAGGGAGUCAACACGGAUGUGUCCCUCCUCGAUGGGCACCCAAGCAGUGGUCACUGUGAAAAGAACGACGUCACCGACUUGAGAAACAAGUCUGUAGGUGACGCUCCCCAGCGUAAUUCCGUGGCAGACUCCUGCAAGGAUAAUCAAAAUGGCAUUGAAAAUGACCGAAGCGACAGCAUCGUGGUAGAUACCAGUCGAAUGGGAAACACCGCAGUAGGAUUUGGCCGCAAAAGUAGCAAUGGCACCAUCGAAGUUUUGGAAAAGUAUCAUAUCCUGUGUAUGUUCAGGAAUAACAGUAUCAAGUCAAUUUACAUAGACAGUAAUUACGCCUAUAUAUAUUACGAAAGCUGCAUAGACGUGUUUUGCAUAAGGACCUACCAGUUCGUAAAAAAAAUGAACGUCGAAGUGGCAAACAAUAAGCAAGUGAUCUUUUUUGAAAAUCUCAUUCUCUUUAAUAACUCCAAAAGUCUCUUCAUAUACGAUAUCAAGAAUAAUUGCACAAGUUAUUUUUAUAAAAAUUUUUUAAAAAAUAUUGUCAUUUUUGACUUCAACGUAAAUUAUCUUUUAUGCUACAAGAAUAAUUUCGGGAAAUGCCAUAUUCGCGUUUUACAAAUAAAUAUAAAUGCACAGAAAUGUGAACACGAAUUAAUUUUUUGUGUGGAUUUUUCUUCAAAAUUUAUAAGUCAUGGGAAAUUUUUGGAUGAUGAGAAAAUUAUUGUAGCAAAAAAUGGGAGAAGGUUAAUCAUUUUUGAUUUUAAAAAAGCUGUGGAUAUGUACAGAAUUAAAAAAUUAAAAAAAAAAAUUUUGGAUAUUUACAAAUCGGUGGAAAAUUUGCUAUUCAUUUUGGUGGAAAAUGAAAUUUUUAUUUUUAAUUUGUCCACUUUUAUAUUUUACAAAUGUGUGCAGCUGCCCUCUGGGCUGUUUUACUUCAAGUGGUCCUAUUUCAUACGCCACAAGAACAACAAAAUUAUUUUUUCGUCCGACCGGGGGAUUUACUUUAUUGAUUAUCCCGUUGAGGAGGGCGCCUGA